AUGUGCAAUGCCUUUGCACAUAAAAGUCAUCUCCUAAGACAUAAAAGGAUACAUAGAGGAGAGAAGCAUCAUGAAUGUAACCGAUGUGGUAAAGCCUUUCUACGUAACAGUCAUCUCCUAAUACAUAAAACAACACACACUGGAGAGAAACUUUAUGAGUGUAAUGAAUGUGGUAAAGCCUUUGCAUGUAACAGUCAUCUCCUGCUACAUAGAAGAACUCACAGUGGAAAGAAUCCUUAUGAAUGUAACCAAUGUGGUAAAGCCUUUGCACGUAACAGUAGUCUUCUAGUACAUAAAAGAACUCACACUGGAGAGAAACCUUAUGAAUGUAACCAAUGUGGUAAAGCCUUUGCAUGUAGCAGUAGACUUCUAGUACAUAAAAGAACUCACAGUGGAGAGAAACCUUAUGAAUGUAACCAAUGUCAUAAAGCCUUUGCAUUCAAGAGUAGUCUUCUAGUACAUAAAAGAACUCACACUGGAGAGAAACCUUAUGAAUGCAUCCAAUGUGGUAAAGCCUUUGCACAGAACAGUAGUCUUCUAGUACAUAAAAGAACUCACACUGGAGAGAAACCUUAUGAAUGUAACCAAUGUGGUAAAGCCUUUGCAUGUAACACUGGUCUCCUAGUACAUAAAAGAACUCACAAUGGAGAGAAACCUUAUGAAUGUAACGAAUGUCAUAAAGCCUUUGCAUUCAAGAGUAGUCUUCUAGUACAUAAAAGAACUCACACUGGAGAGAAACCUUAUGAGUGUAAUGAAUGUGGUAAAGCCUUUGCAUGUAACAGUCAUCUCCUGCUACAUAGAAGAACUCACAGUGGAGAGAAACCUUAUGAAUGUAACCAAUGUGGUAAAGCCUUUGCAUGUAACAGUAACCUUCUAGUACAUAAAAGAACUCACACUGGAGAGAAACCUUAUGAAUGUAACCAAUGUGGUAAAGCCUUUGCAUCGAACAGUCAUCUCCUAAGACAUAAAAGAACUCACACUGGAGAGAAACCUUAUGAGUGUAAUGAAUGUGGUAAAGCCUUUCCAUGUAACAGUCAUCUCCUGCUACAUAGAAGAACUGACAGUGGAGAGAAACUUUAUGAAUGUAACCAAUGUGGUAAAACUUACCUUGAUCAAGAACACUUAUUGGAGUGA